AGGAAGCGAGAGCCUCUGAGCGGCGCCUCUCCUCUGCGACAUAAAGAGCGGAGCAGGUCGUCUUCUCCCGAUCUCCCUCCUCGGUGGGCCGUAUUUCUCACCGCCACCGGGGAUGGAUUCGCCUAGUCGUCUUCUAGCUUUGGUCUUGUUUUUUGUUUCUGUCAUGGGUCGUGAUGUGCAGAUCUGGAGGUUACUGUGACUCCCUAUCACCACAACGCGACCUAGCUUCACGUUUUGGAUAAGUCUUCUCCUUUCUCCCUUGCGGUUUAUCGACAAUUGGUUGAGGUUUUAGUGAGGUUUCGAUGGUUAUGGUAGGCUACUUUCGGUAGCUAGGGUUUGGCUUGUUAAAUUUGUUGCGCCUCAUCUCUGUUUCCUCCGAUCUGGUUUCCUUGCUUGUGGGGUGUAUCUCGUUUUGAUGGUGGUUCAGGUUCAGUUUUCGUCCGGAGAGUUGGGAUCUGUGGUGAGUCUGGCGCCAUAUGUCAGAUCGAGGAUCUGUUGACGGUGCAGUGUCGCUGCUGGGAGCAGGACAGGUGCUUUCGCUGACGUCGCUCCAGUUCUUUCUUCAACUCUAGUUUGGUUGCUGUUCGUCUGUUGUUCAGAACGUCUUCGGUGCGUCGCUAUCGCGAUCUGUUCUCUUAAGCGGGCUCGUUUCAGAGCUUAAUUUCCGUAUUGGUGUUCCUCAUCUCGCUUGGUUUCUUCAGAUGGUCUUUAAUAUGUGGUGGCUUCUCCAAUUGGUUCUGGUUUUGUUUGAAGUCUGUUGGUUUCUUGAUCCGUAUGCAACAACGGUGAGUCGUCUCGUGGAUCCUGGGUUGUCUUUGGCUUCUUAUCGGUGAAAAGGUUUGUAAUUGAGGCAGUAUAUUGGCCUCUCUUAGUUCUGCUGUUACUUGUCGCAGCCUGAUCUUUUCUGUUCUUCGAUUUGGUUGUCAAGCUUGCCAGGCGCUCAUCCUCGGUUCGUCUGGCUGUCCCUAUGUAAGCCUCCGGUGGUUAUGGGUCUUUAGGCUACCUGUCUUCUUUAAAGUCGUGAACUUCUUUGAACUUUAGGUUUUUGGUUUGACUUAUCCUUUGUCUUUGUGCACCCGUGUUUGGGUUUUAGUGUCCCGUCUGUGGGUUUUAGUGUCCCGUUUUUGGGUUUUAGAUUCUGGGGAUAUCAUCAUUUUCCGCCAGCCUAUGUAUUUCAUCUUUGGAUCAAUAUAAUUUCAGUUGGGAAAAAAAAAAAAAAAUAAAAGACCAUUCCUAUCUUUGUCUAGCCUUCUUCACCUGCACUCUCUCUCUCCUUUAUUGUUUCUAUUGUUAAAAAAAAGAAUGAAUCCCUCUCAAAGCCCUAGCCCUAAUUUCACGUUCUUAUCCGAUGAAAACUCUAUUUAUUCUGUCAUGGAUAAUUAUGAUUUUUCCAAUUUGAUGUUCAGUGUUGGUGAAGGAGGCAGCAAUGGUUUAAUCCAGGAGGAAACUUCAUCUCCGACAACCAUCGUUACCGGCGAAAGCGGCGGAUCCGGCAGCGCAUUUACGACGUUGAGGAAAAAGGAAUCAACUAGUCUCGAUUGCAAAAAUAGGGGAAGUAAAGAUGGAGAGACGAAGGAGAUGGGCCAUCGAGUUGCAAUUAGAACGAGAUCAAAGAUUGAUGUGAUGGAUGAUGGUUAUAAGUGGAGGAAGUAUGGGAAGAAAUCUGUCAAGGACAACACUAACAAGAGGAACUACUACAAAUGCUCAAGUGAAGGUUGCAUGGUGAAGAAGAGGGUAGAGAGAGAUGGUGAAAAUGCAGCUUAUGUGAUUACAACCUAUGAAGGAGUCCAUAACCAUGAGAGUCCAUCACACGUCUAUUACAGUGACAUGGUUUUUGAUCAUGAUAAUUGGAAGCAACACUCUCUUCUUCAAUCUAUCCAAACAUUUCCACCAUGUUGAGAUUAUUAGAUAUUUUUUUUUUUUGAUAAAUAUGUGAAUAUCAUUAAAAUGAAGCUAAUUUGUACAAACAAAGAGUUAUGCUGUCAA